UUGCCACAGCAGUAGUGUUUACAUAAAAAUUUCUUUUACAAAUGUAUUCGUCGCAAUAUUAUUUAUAAUCACAUUAAAUCCUUUAUUUUUAUAUAUUAAUAUAGUAAGGAACAAUGCAAUACUGUUUGAAAUCAUGUCUUCAUGAGAACCGCGGAAAUUUUGGACGUCUUAUAAUCCAUAGGAGCUUCACUUCAUCACAAUUACAGACUGCAUUACGUCCAUUCUUCUUCCUAUGUCAUCCUGAUCUAUUUGGCAAGUUUCCUGAGCAACGUGCGAUUAAUGAGAACUCCUUAAAAGUCUUAUCAGCACAUCUCGAAGCUCUUCAGAGACAAUAUUAUCCACAAGCUAGUCCACCAUCACUUCCAUUUUAUUUACGUAGCAAGGAUACAUCCAAUCCAUUUAGACUAGUUAAAGUGCCAUUACAUAAUGAGAAAACGACGAAAUCCUUUGUCACACAGAUUUUACAGACAUGUGACCUUGAGACAACAUAUGUUGAAAAAAUCAACUCAGAACUAAAAUCUCCAAAACGCUCAACUUACUCGGACUAUAGGCAACAACAUAAUAACGGAGUUAAAUAUACAGUCGACAAUAAUGAAGGACAAUUCAGUGAGGAAUAUGAUAUUUUUCAAAUUCGAGUACGAAAAGCGAAAGAGAAUGAGAAUCUAGAGGUUUUUGUAAGAAAAAAUAUGGACCUAGCACAUAUCCGGACAAAAGCAUUAGAUGAUUUACGUGAGGAAGUGGAAAAAUUGAGAAUUAAACUUGAGAAUAAGUUAGGACUACAGCAAAUACUUUAUGAUUGUGGAUGGAACUAUGAACAUUUUCGAGGAUGCCUGAAGAGCUUAGAGAAGCUUUAUGACUUGUAUGGUGAUGAUAUGACGUACUUACACAACAAGACUGUCAUCUUUUCACAAUUUACUGGUGUCGGAAUCGAUGGGCAGAUUCAUUUAUAUACAGGAGAUGUCCAGAAUAACUGGCUUGAUCUUAUUAAACACAUACCGAGACAGGAAGUUUAUCUCUCAACAAUUCCAAUGUACGAAAAUACAUUAUCACAAGUGUUGUUGAACAUCAAAAUUGCACGUAGGAAGUUCAUGCCAAGUACAUUGGCUAAAAAUUACUCUAGUCAUCUCAGUCGAGUGAUCACGAAUGUUUUGGACUAUUUGAGUAAGAAUCGAUAUCCUGAAACAUGGCCUGAAUCACUAGCUGAUUAUGAAUUGGUUGUUGAAAGCGAGAGUGGACCUUUGAUGAUUAGUCCAACAGGUCAGCUAAUUACUCCUUCAACAUGUCCUGGAUUCUUGCUCGUUGACUUCAUAACAAGGAAUAUGGAGGAAGCAACAAUAAAGAAAGUGGCAUAUGAUAAAAAUAAAUAUAUCGAAAAAGACCUCCACAAAGCCUGCAUUGAGAACUUGAGACUCAACACGUUAAUAAAAGAUGACAGCAUCUCACCAGAUAUGAUGAUUGACUGCAUGCAGCGUCUUCUUAAAAUUGGCAACUCGAAACUAAAAGUCAAUAAUUUGAAUAUUAAUGUAACUAAUUACUAUUCCAUUUUAUCGGACGGAACAGUUUGCAUACCUUGGAACUUUAAGAAUGAAUGAUUGAUAUUUUUGGAAUUUUUUUGUGUGACAUUUAUUACGGGUAUGCAGAGGUAGAUGGCCUAGUUGAUUUAUUGUUUUGUAAAAAAAAACAAGGCAUAAAGCCUUAUUGUGAUAAGAAGUAAAUUUAUAUAAAUUUAGACAAAUGAGA